AUGGAAAGAAGAAGAUCGUCAUCUUCAUAUCAUGGUCAUCGUUAUCAGUAUAACGAUGGCGAUGAAAUGGGAGAAAUAAAGAAAGGACCGUGGAAAGCAGAAGAAGAUGAAGUGCUUAUAAAUCAUGUGAAGAAAUAUGGUCCAAGAGAUUGGAGCUCCAUUCGAUCCAAAGGUCUUUUGCAAAGAACUGGAAAAUCUUGUCGUCUUCGUUGGGUCAAUAAACUUAGACCUAACUUAAAGAAUGGAGUGAAAUUUUCGGCAGAGGAGGAAAGGACAGUGAUUGAACUACAGGGACAAUUUGGGAAUAAAUGGGCAAGAAUUGCUACAUAUUUGCCUGGAAGAACUGACAAUGAUGUUAAGAAUUUUUGGAGUAGUCGACAGAAGAGGUUGGCUAGGAUUUUGCGAACAUCAGCACCACAGCCUGGCAAGUCCCAAAAUAACAAAAAUAGCAGUCAAACUUCUGCUUUUCAAGAAUCUCCCCCAGUUGAGGCGCCUAAAUUCAGCUCAUCAACAGAACCGGAAGAGUCAUUGUCCAAGUCACAACAAUCUUGCUCAUCAUCCUAUAUUGGUAACUCUGACAUGAUCAACAUGGUCCCCUUGCCAGAUCUAAUGAAUCCAAAUUCAAUUCCUUUUGAAUCAAACCUACUUCAACUUGACUUUACUCCUAACGAUCAGAAGAAACUUGGGAUAAUAGAGUCGCAUAUUCAAACUGACUUUGCUCUGCCAUUAGAAAAUCAAGAAUUCCCCAUGCCUAGAUUCAUAGAUGUUUUUGGACAUGAGUUCAAUGGUUCUGAAUUAGAUAAUGUGCAAGUCCCAUUUGUACCAUGUGCUGAGAAUGUUGUGAAGAGAGAAAUUGAGAAGCCACUUACUCCAGAUACCUUCAUUGAUGACUUCCCUCUGGAUAUGUUUGACCAUAUUGAACCUCUCCCAAGCCCAUCUGAAUGGUGAUUUAUUUAUUACUCUACUUUAGAUGGGGUUCCAAAUUGUUGUUAGCUCUAGUACUACUGAUUAUUAUCUACUAGUAUUUUUCUCCAUGGCAUGCUAUUAUUUGUACAAGACAAUUUUAUCUAGUGCUUAGUUGCUCCAAUUAAAAUGUUUAUGUGGUGUUUCAUGAUGGCAUGGUAGAAGAUUUUUGUUUUGUUCAUUCUUUUUUUUUUUCCUUAAUAAAAUUACGCAAUAAGAUCACUUAU